AUCACGUGACUCGCAGUAUAAAGAAUGACUCGCCAUGGUGGUAUAAAUCCACCAUCUCUAACUUAGCUAGUUCCUUUGCAAGUAGCCUAGAGCAGCUGUUCGCCGGAGUCCAAGCUACAGCAUCGUAGCUUUCACCUUCACAUUCAGCAUGGCAGAUCAGGCAUUUGUCACCUUAGCCACAAAUGACAGCUAUGCAAAAGGGGCCAUGGUUUUGGGGCAGUCCCUGAAGAACCAUAAAACCUCUAGGAAACUUGUGGUCAUGAUCGGACCCCAUGUAUCAGACCCAUCAAGAGCAGUGCUUCGCCGGAUCUAUGACGAGGUCAGGCUGGUGGACGUGUUGGACAGCGGAGACAGUGCAAACCUGGCCAUGUUGAAGAGGCCUGACCUUGGGGUCACUUUCACAAAACUCCACUGCUGGACACUCACACACUACUCCAAAUGUGUCUUCAUGGACGCAGACACGUUGGUGGUAUCAAACGUGGAUGAGCUGUUUGACCGUGAGGAGCUGUCGGCCGCCCCCGACCCAGGCUGGCCCGACUGCUUCAACUCCGGCGUAUUCGUGUUCCGCCCCUCCAAGGAAACCCACGGCAAACUUCUUCAGUUCUGCACAGAGCACGGCAGCUUUGAUGGUGGGGACCAGGGAGUUCUGAACGCCUACUUCGGUGACUGGGCAACAACGGACAUCAGCAAGCACCUUCCCUUCAUCUACAAUCUCAGCAGCGUGGCACUCUACACCUACGCGCCGGCGUUCAAACAGUUUGGUAGCAAAGCAAAGGUGGUACACUUCCUGGGCAGCAUGAAGCCGUGGAGCUUGACCUUUGACACCACCGCACGGAGAGUCCAGGGAGAUGUCGAGGGGGCCUCCUCACACCCUAGCUUCAUGCUGGAGUGGUGGCUCCUGUUCGCCACCUCGGUGUUGCCCAUGAUGAAGCAGGAGUACGGAGACACGCCCUUCCACUCGGGCUGUGAGUCCUCUGUCCAUCUUUCCAUUUCCCAGGGUGAAGAUAUAUCUGGUGCAGCCUCCUUGUCUUCCCUGGAGAGGAAACACAAAUGGGAACAGGGCCAGGCAGACUACAUGGGAAUGGACUCUUUUGACAAUAUUCAGAAAAAGCUUGAUUCUUUCCUGAAGUGAAAACGUGGGGAAAGAUGAAUGUGUUUUCUAAGUUUACUCGUCAUUUUACAGAUUGAAAGUUUUGAAAGUAGAGCAAUAGAUGCACUCAAACAAUGUAAUUGGAGCACAUUAUGAGUGUUGUGCUAUUUUUCACCAGCUAAACAAUGCUGUCAUGGGACAGUAUGCUGAUUUCACCUUCUCCUUAAGACUGUUGCACACUGUGAAACAAGCCUUUAUGUUCACAUCGUGUUUUUGUUCCUUUUCAAAGGCUCCCUGCCAAAAUGUGAAUAAGCAAAAGUGGCCAAUGUCCAAUAUAGGGGGGAAAAAAUCUCCAUGUUGAUGGCAAGUGGUCACUACUUCAUAACCUAAUUGAUGGUGCUUGUAUUUGAAGGUCCCUAGUUUUUCAUGGGGUACUUAAGUACUUAAGCACAGGGUACUAUGUAGCACUGACUUCCAAGGAGGCGUUAGCGGCCUCUUGCUGUAUUUUGUGUCCUCAAAAGGUUACUAUGUAACACAGAAAACUGUUACUCCACCUGUGUGACAUUAUUUCCCAACUGAGUGGAAUAAUUUGUGGAUCGUAUAAUAUAAAAAAUAUCUUGGGAAAAGAAUGAUCACUGAUAAUUGGUUUUAGGUUCCCCUUUUUCACAGAGGGACAAGCCCUGCUGCCUUCUUUGUUGUGUUGUUUACAGCUCUCCUUUGCACCUACUGUCCUACUCAUUCUUGAAGCUUGUGGCUCCCUCAAAGCUCUGUUCUCUGUGCCUUUCACUACUAAACUUUUUGAGUGGCUGUUACACUCCGUGAAGGUUUACCUCCGAAUGUGUGCCUAUGUUUUUUUUUUUUUUUUACAUCAGCCUUUUUCACUCAUUGGUGCCUGUGCCAGUUCCCUGUCACCUGCCAAAUAAAAGCUAGAUGAGAUUCUUAA